AUGACCAAAUGUUGGACGAAUCUCGCCAGAGGCAAGCCGAGCACCCAGUCUACUGGCGGUGGCGGUGACGCGGCCAGAGCUGUGGACGGGAAUGCAGAUACCAGUCUAGCCGGCGGAUCGUGUUCGCAAACCAUCGUCGACCCAUCGGCGCAAUGGGAGGUGGACCUAGAACACCACUAUACAGUGUACAGGGUGAAAAUCACAUCUAGUAUUGACGGUGUUCCAUUGGAAAAUGUGAACGUGAGAAUACGUUCGAGCGAUGGAACUCUGAUCACAUUCGGCGAGCAGGCGAGUAGCCCACUCCCGCCAGGUGGCGUGCUAGAGUUCUGGAAGCCUGAAGGAGUGAAGGGAAGAUACGUGUCCAUUGAGCGAUCUCCUCCUGUGGUGUCUAAGCUCGUGCUGUGUGAGGUGGAGGUGUACGGUGCACUAGAACAACAUUUCAAAAUGGACGCCAAGCGAAACGCUACGUCACAAUUGUUACGUCACACGUCGCGGAGCGAGAUGGAAUGUGCGGUGUUCUGCCUGUGGGAGGAGAUUUGUCGCUCAUUCGUCUGGAACCAGGCAACCAAUGAGUGCGCGGUGUUCGCAGACAUGCCGGCUGUGACGUCACCACAAGACAGCUCCACGGGAUUUGUUUCAGUGUGA